GGUCCGGGCUUCGUCGCCUAGGCUUAUUGAAGUCAGCCACAAGUUUGUUUCUGCAGCUGACUAGUGCUAUCUCAGUUGCAAAAUACGUGCGAUCGACACACCAGAACUCGUAUAUAAGGGCCUGCAAGCACCUCGGGACUCCUCCCCUUCAUUAAGCUUCAUUGUUCAUUACGACUGAUAGCCCUCACAUUGAUUCCAGGCCUCUUAUCACCAUCUUGUUGCGCAAAAUCAUUUCACGAUGUUGGAUGCCUUUAAACUGAAGCCUUAUGACCUCGAACCCAUCUAUGCUUCUUGGAAGGAUGCCCCGAUGUUCUAUGGAAACUUACCGAAUGACAACGGCAAGACUUCCAAGAACGCAUUAAAGGAUAUACCUGUUGACGAGUGGUUGAAAAAGAUCAAGGAGGGGUGCAUAGAACGGAACGUACCCAAGGAGUAUUGGCACAAGGUAGCGCAGCAUUAUAUGGGAGAGAAGGCUAAAGGAAGGUUAGAAGAGCUCAAAGCCGUCAUGGCGAAAGUUCAUGGCGGGAAUUAUCGUUGGAAUUGGGAAAAAUUCAAAAUUGCGAUGCGGAACAUGGGUUGGAACGUUGACGCCAGCGAGACCGAGUCGAUCAAGGUACAAGGAAAACCGUCUGGUCUGUGGUGGAUGCCACAUCAUAGCAGCAAAAGGUCCGAUUCAUCAGAAUCGCAGUGCGACUCUCCUACAGAGGAAUCAUCUGCGCAUUUUCCUCCUACAGCUGCCGACGCAGCACCGGAGAAAGGCGGAGGAGGACCAUUAUGGAUUACUCGGAGACCAACGUUCGACAGCCUAGAUAAGAAGGCAAAGUCGGACAAGGACACCUCGGAGUCUAAUCCACCACAAAGAAAACGCCCGCAGCGCUCUGCCACUGCUGGGUCGACAUUGACAUUGCAAUGGCCUGUGAGGAGAGGUUCCAAAGAUGAAUUCGAAGGACCCAAACACGAUACUACGUCUGUAGUAUCCAUGCCACGUCCUACCCCACAGAAAGCCACAUCUGACAGCACAUUGACGACGACACGGUCUAUGACCUCUCCGGUCAUUAUACCUGGACAUGGUAACGAAGAAACAAUGACCACAGUUACCCACGCCCCGGUAUGGCUUUUAAACGCAUGCAACGCCUUGGAUUUUCUGUCGACCGAGCACCCAAAGGUUAUGAGCACCGUUUCUGCGAUCCUCAUCACUGCUGGCACUAUCCCGUCAAUACCAGCGAUAAGCGCGGGUGCCGGAGGAGCGCUAUUGGCGAGCGGGGCAGUACAAGCAGUUGGGGCUAUAGCAGUGGGUGUUGGAAGCUGGUUGAAGGCAGCUCAACAAGAAUCGCAGACAAGGAACGGUGCUGGACAGGAGUCAUAAUGAUGAAUUGCAAUCUAUGCACGUCGGAAAUGUUUCUCAGUCGCUGGGCGUCUGAGUGAGUCCUUGUUUGCUUUGCUGAACAUAGACGGAUUGAAUGAAUGAGAUAGUCUCCUCCGGUUCUGGAGGUACUUGGUAUAAUAGACUAGGGAGGGGAACCUAGUGGAAUUCGAAGGCACUUGAAUCUUUGAACAUAGUUCUGGAUACACAUGUCUUGAUUGAUAUGUAUCUGUGAAUGCAAUGAAGUGAGCGGCGAGAGUGCGUACUACAGAACGUUUAAGGUCGUGCCGUUUUCGCCAAGGAGGUUACACCGAUCAGAAAUACACGGGCCCAAGUGCUUGCCUGGAACUGGCGUUGUGAUGACAGUUAUAUCUAUGUAGAGCGAUACCUUGAUACUCCCAGCCUCUGCCA